UCAGCUUUAUGACACCGAUGCACCUGUCCAUUCUGAGCAUCUCUUCUGAACCAAAUAUUUUUCGUCUUAAGGAAUCAUCGUCUGUACUUUCCAGAUUUCCAUGCUACUUUGCAAAAAUCUGAAGGGACGAGUCCAGUGAUAACUGUUCGUGAUGCCGGUAGCAGAGAGCAAGAGGGUUUUUCUCUUUUUAGGGAAAGGAGCAGAGGAUGGACGCUGCAGAGGGUAGGGGACGUGCUGGUAGUACCACGGGGCUGGAGACGGUUUAUCGGGUUCCAGAUAUCCAGCACGCUGCUACUGAGCCGGGACUUUUCUCCACAGAUAUUUUUCUUUCAAAUCAAAGCAGAAGAUGCUGGGGGAAUGCAGCAGCAGCGUCCUCCUGAUCUGGAUCCUCAUCGGCGUCAACGUGUUGGAGGUGUCGGGGUCCCAGCCAGGGAUUCCUCUAUCAGUUGUAAAGCUCUGGGCCUCAGCUUUUGGUGGAGAAAUUAAAUCAAUCUCUGCAAAAUAUUCUGGAUCUCAGCUUCUACAAAAGGAGCUGUGGGCAAUCACGGCACCACGUCCAGGGACAAACUCCAGUUCUGAGACCAGUACUCCCAUCAAAGUCAGCAGCAGGAUAAAUCCUAAAACCACUGCUGCUUGUCUAUGGGAGGAAAGCCAAGGGCCCAGAGGUCCACGCAAAUAUGGGGAGAGUGUUCAGACUGCGAUUAAAAGACGGCUCCAGGCUCCAAACUUAGGAGCGUCCUGCACUGAGAAAUAUAAAGAAUUUGAAAAGUCAGUCAAAGUGGAAGAAAUUGAUGGAGUGAAACUGGUCAAAAACCUCGCUGUGAAGAUGGAGGAAGUGUUCAGGAAAAAGGCAGAGGCCACAAGGCGGCUGGUCGAGGCAGCAGAAGAAGCGCACCAUGAGCACGAGGAAAACCCCGACCUGCAGUACGAGUAUUACAACGCCGUGCUGAUCAAUGAAGUGGAUGAAGUAGGAAAUAACGUGGAGCUGGGAGGAGAGUUCCUCCUGGAGCCAAACGAUCAUUUCAAUAACCUGUCAGUCAACUUGAGUCUCAGUGUGGUGCAGGUUCCCACCAACAUGUACAACAAAGAUCCUGACAUAGUGAACGGAGUGUACUGGUCAGAGGCUCUAAAUAAAGUUUUUGUUGAUAAUUUUGAAAGAGACCCAACCCUCAUUUGGCAGUACUUUGGGAGCGCCAAGGGUUUCUUCAGGCAGUAUCCUGGAGUGAAGUGGCAUCCGGAUGAACACGGCGUCAUUGGCUUUGACUGUAGAAACAGAAAGUGGUACAUUCAGGCAGCUACAUCUCCUAAGGAUGUAGUGAUCUUAGUCGAUGUCAGUGGAAGCAUGAAAGGACUCAGACUGACCAUCGCCCGACAGACCGUCUCCUCCAUAUUAGACACACUGGGAGACGACGACUUCUUCAACAUCAUUGCUUACAAUCAGGAGAUCCACUAUGUGGAGCCUUGUUUGAACGGCACGCUGGUCCGAGCCGACAGAACCAAUAAAGAUCAUUUCCGGGAACAUCUGGACAAGCUCUUUGCCAAAGGGAUCGGGCUGCUGGGUGACGCUUUGGCCGAAGCGUUCACAAUCCUGAGCGAUUUUAAUCAGACGGGACAUGGCAGUGUGUGCAGCCAGGCCAUAAUGCUGGUGACCGAUGGGGCCACUGAAAUGUAUGAUGAUGUUUUUGAGAAGUACAACUGGCCAGAAAGAAAAGUGCGGAUAUUCCCAUACCUGAUUGGACGAGAGUCUGCGUUUGCUGAUAACCUCAAAUGGAUGGCUUGUGCCAACAAAGGGUAUUUCAGUCAGAUCUCCACGUUAGCAGACGUUCAGGAGAAUGUGAUGAGGUAUCUUCACGUGAUGAGCCGCCCGAAGGUUAUCGACCAUGAACACGACACGGUGUGGACUGAAGCUUACGUGGACAGUGCUCUUUCCCAGGCUCAUAAGUUGAAUGACAAAUCAGGCCCAAGUCUGAUGACAACAGUUGCCAUGCCUGUGUUCAGCACAAAGAAUGAGACGAAGAAUCAGGGUAUUCUGUUGGGGGUAGUAGGAACAGACAUCCCUCUGCAGGAGCUGAUGAAGCUCAUUCCCAAACAUAUGUUAGGAAUCCAUGGGUAUGCAUUCGCGAUCACAAACAACGGCUACAUCCUGACGCACCCUGACCUCAGACCUUUGUAUCAGGAGGGUCAGAAGAGGAGGAAGCCAAACUACAGCAGCGUGGAUCUGUCUGAGGUGGAGUGGGAAGACAAAGAUGAUAUUCUCCGUAACGCCAUGGUGAACAGGAGGACGGGGGCUUUCUCCAUGGAGGUGAAGAAGACGGUGGAUCGAGGGAGGCGUGUCCUGAAGAUGCACAAUGACUAUUACUACACAGACAUUAAAGGAACUCCAUUCAGCGUGGGGGUUGCUCUCUCGAGAGGUCAUGGAAAAUACUUCUUCAGAGGAAACGUGUCAGUUGAAGCUGGGCUCCGUGAUCUGGAACAGCCAGAUGUCGCCCUGGCAGAUGAAUGGACCUACUGCAACACAGAGGAGCAGCACGAGCACCGACACCUGACCCAGAUUCAGGCCAUCAAGCUCUUCAUGACGGGCAAAAGACCUCACCUCAAGUGUGACAGAGAGCUGAUCCAGGAGGUGUUGUUUGAUGCUGUGGUAACAGCUCCACUGGAGGCCUACUGGACCGGACUGGCCCUCAACAAGUCAGAGAACUCAGACAAAGGAGUGGAGAUCACCUUCCUGGGAACCCGCACCGGCCUGUCGAGAACAAACCUAUUUGUGCCAGCUGAUCAGCUCUCCAAUCAAGAUUUCCUGACAGCCGAGGACAAGGAGGGUGUGUUUAACGCUGAUCACUUCCCUCUGUGGUACAAGAGAGCGGCGGAACAGGUCCCCGGCACGUUCGUCUACUCCAUCCCCUUCAGCACAGCUUUAGAAAAUAAGAGUGUUGUGCUGGCCAGCACAGCAAUUCAGCUCCUUGAUGACAGGAAGUCUCCAAUCGUUGCAGCUGUGGGGAUCCAGAUGAAGCUUGAGUUCUUUCAGAGAAAGUUCUGGACAGCCUGCAGACAGUGUACAGCUCUGGACGGAAAAUGCAGCAUCAGCUGUGAUAACGAGGACAUUAACUGUUAUCUUAUUGACAACAACGGCUUCAUUCUGGUCACAGAGGAGCAGUCUCAGACAGGGCUCUUCUUUGGAGAGGUGGAGGGUGCUGUGAUGAACAAACUUCUCCAGAUGGGCUCCUUCAAGAGGAUCACGCUGUACGAUUAUCAGGCCCUGUGCAGAGAGUACGCCGGGAGCAGCGACAGUGCACGCACUUUAUCAGACCCCUUUUCUGUUGUGAAGUGGCUCCUGACGAAACUUGUCAUAUUCCUGCUGGAGUUUAAUCUGUACAGCUGGUGGAAUGUCGAUCUCUCAGUGAAAGCUCAGAGACCUCGGGGUAAAACCAUGAUGGUGCCGUGUGAUACAGUAUACCCUGCGUUUGUCUCUGAACGCACCAUCAAAGAAACGACAGGCAACAUUGACUGUGACGGCUGUAUCAGAUCUUUUGUUAUACAGCAGAUCCCCAGCAGUAACCUCUUCAUGGUUGUUGUGGAUAAUAAAUGUGACUGUAGCAGUGCUCCUCCAGUAACCAUGGACCCCAUCGAGAUCAUGUAUAUCCUUUCUAGAGGAAACACAGAUGUUUGAUAUGUGGAAACGUUUCUUAAAAGCAUUUCAUCCUCGCAUGAUUAGUGAGAUAAUGUGCAUUUCUUUUACUUUUAGGUUUGUUACAUUUGCUUUCUUAUAUCUUGUCCUCUAGUUACACACCUUAAUAGUUUAAUUUUAAAUCAUGUUAUAUGAGUUGCGAUGUGUGUGAAGCUGUGAACUGUGGCUAUUUAUUUACAUCCUUGACUCCUUUGAACACAACGAGUCACUGAAGUGUGACAGACUGAAGUUUCAGAAGGACAGAAAAAAACCUGAGUCGUGUCAUCCUUUCCACCCUGAGGAAAAUGCCAUGGAGUGUGGUUCAGCGACACGCCUCUCCAGUGGUCUUACAGCGGCUCUGCUGCCCCUGAUAGCAGCGACCAUCAGCAGGUGACCAUAACCAGCAGGACUGGACUUCAAUAUGGACUAAAUCAACAAGAAGAUGCUGACAAACACAGAGAACAUUGCCAAUCAGAUGUGAACUUACUCAUACCUCUGCAAAGGCAGCGCUCUACGAAAUACAAAUCAGUAGCACUGAGACUCACAUCCAUUAAUGCCAAACACUUAAAUAAUGCGGUGCAGAUAAAGAACAAGACAAUAACAGGAUUGCCUGGUGUCUGCUGAGAGCAUUGCUGACAGUUCACCAUCUUUUCUAUAAUGUGUGCUGAUAUUAAAUAGGAGAAAGAAAGACUGUCAACAGCUUGCAGUAGGAGAACAGGCAUUUCUUGUCAAUUCAUUAAAAAGCCUUUGUUUAUUUCACUGGAAAAUAGGAUGGCUAAUGUGAAAGUCUGCAGAAUGUAAAACGCACUUUUUUUUUUCCAAAUGUGAAAGAAUGCAGAGACGUCUAUGUUUUUGGCAAUAAAUUGCUAAAGUAAAAAUGAACAUUGCUUUCAUAGUUUUCUGUAUUCAUAUAGUUUGAAGUUUAUUUUGAAAGUCCAGUCUUUUUAAUGUCGGUAACAAUAUGGAUCAUGUCAAAUACCUGUGAGAUAAGAGAAAAGUUGAACUUGCUUUACUCUGCCAUUUCCUCUUUCUCAUUUGAAAGCAGGACAUUUCAGACAAAAUGAAGAUGCAUGAAGAAGAAGAAGAUCACAGAAUGUUACCCUGUUAACCAUGUGUUUGAGAAAGCUUAUAAAUAAAUACAAAUAAAUAUUUUCCUUCAUUUA